UAAUGUGAAGUAAGGUUGGCCAACCAUGUUUUUGAAUAAUAUCAAUGGCUAAGCAUAUUUUCAUUUUUUUUUUAACGCAACCCUUCCAGAUUCUUUGUUUAACCCAUAGCAACGCCCUUGACAACGAAAAUGCUUUUCUUCGGCAAUCUUCGGAAAUUACGUCACACCUAGACGUGCGAGGGAAGUCCGCCAUAGAACAGUAUUGUUUGUUGCAUUGCUUCUCGGUAAGAUGCCACGGCGGUGUGUGGCGAUGUUUUGUUCUCACUAAAACGAAAAGUUGUAUGAGUGGCCAAAGGAUAGCAGGGCUCGUAAAUGGACAUCUUUCGUUCGCACGAAGCGAAUGAAUUUCACGCCAUCAUCAAGUAGUCUUCUCUGCUGCAAACACUUCGAAGAUGCCUGCUUCCUUAACCGGUCUGCUUAUGAUCAAGUAUUUGCCAAAAAGUACUAGCAAGCGUCUGGUCGUUGGGAACCCGGAGGAAGCCCGCGUUCCCGACAUCGUGAAAGCGCCCCCGCCAAGCACGCCCGAGCGGGUGUCGGUGUCUGUCUUGACGUCUCCUCUCACCCGUCCAGACCAGACCCCUCCCAAACAUACGCUCAUUCUUCCGGCGCUCCGAAAUGAACCCGCAGUCCCGCCCCUUCCUGUCAUCAAAAGUGAAAAGGUGGACCCCCAGGUCACGCCCCUCAAACGUGAGGCGCAAGUCAGUUCCUUGAAGGAUGUCCGGAGCGGUGGGCGAGAGGAACUGGAACGAAACGGGCAUUUUGGCGAGACGGCAGCAGCGGCGGCAGGCGCCUCGGUGUACGAGUGCCCCCGCUGCAGCGAAGUCUUCUCCCAGGCAUCUCGUCUUUGCCUACACCUGGAACAGAAGCGCAAAACCUACGCGUGCGACUGGUGCUGCAAAUCAUUCGCGCAGUCGGCAGACCUGCGGCGACACGUACGCACGCACACGGGCGAGCGGCCGCACCGCUGCACCUUCUGCACCAAGAGCUUCAGCCAGAGAGGUAACCUACGGCGCCACGUGCGCAUCCACACGGGCGAACGUCCGUACCGCUGCGGCGUGUGUCGCCGCACCUUCAGCGAUGGCGACACACUCAAGAAACAUGCACGCACGCACCGCAAGGUGGAAGACGGACUUGCCGACGUCGGCCGUUUCGGAGCCUGAUGAUCACCAUUUUCAGGCGCUGUUGGAUUGUGUGCUGACUACGGGCUGGGUCCUUUUCACUGCCAACCAUUUUUCCUUCAAUGCACUUUGGAACGUAGCAAUGUUAGCUUCAGUGGGACAAAUAAGUAUUUAGUGAACCACUAAUUGUGCAGUUCUCCCACUUGAAAUUAUGAGAGAGGCCUGUAAUUGUCAACAUGGGUAAACCUCAACCAUAAGAGACAAUGUGGAAAAAAAACAGGAAAAUCACAUUUUUGAUUUUUAAAGAAUUUUUUUUUUUUUUGCAAAUCAUGGUGGAAAAUAAGUAUUUGGUCUAUACAUAAAGUUCAUCUCAAUACUUUGUUAUGUACCCUUUGUUGGCAAUAACGGAGGCCAAACGUUUCCCGUAACUCUACACAAGCUUUUCACACACUGUUGCUGGUAUUUUGGCCCAUUCCUCCAUGCAGAUCUCCUCUAGAGCAGUGAUGUUUUGGGGCAAAAAUGCGAGGAGUGUACUCACUUUUGUGAUACACUGUACUAACUAUACGUUUUUUAUUUUUAACCAAGAAUCGAGACUGUUUUACGUCCAUAUCUAUGAAGAAUUCGGGGCUUUAAGCAUUUUUUCACAAGAAUUUUCACUGGAAAAGCUCUGUUUACAUAAGGCAGCCGCUAGCUAUAUUGACUAACAGGCUAGCAUUGUACUUCGACAUAUUCACGUAAAAUAAAUGCUACCUGCAACUUUUUUGUGUGUGUGUGUGUGCUUUUAACCAAGAAUCAAGACUUUCACCUCCAUAUCUAGA